GACCGGGUGAUCAUCAACCGCCUGGACAGUAUCUGUCACGCCAUCUUGAAGGGGAAGUGGCCCUCUUCCAGCCAGCAGUAUGACUCUCCCAGCUCUCUGGCAAACACCUGUGUGCCCAACAGUGUGCACCAGAGGGCUGGCUUCAUCUCAGCCAGGGUACAGCCUUCCCAGAGCCUUAACUUCAACAUCCCAGCCCCGCCUGUCACCCGCCUGCCCAAGGUGACUAGCCCAUUUUCAUGCUUUGUCCCUUUCUCACAUCAUAAUUCAUAACCAUCGUUGUGGAAAUUAUUAUUUGAUGUUUUUGUGGAUAUUCACCUUUCUAUUGUCAGUAUUCGUUGUUAAUAUUCUUCCAUUCUUCUUCCAUUUCCAUCCUGUUCAGUACAAGCAAAGAGGUGCCGGGGAAUGCAGCCCGGGAGGCUGGAGGUUGACAUCCUUGCCUCUCUUGCAGGAGAGGCUGGUGGCGCCGCCCUAUCUGCCCGAACUAAAGAGGGGUAGGCGGUCGUUUGAGUACGAGGGCGUGGUGCUCAGUAAGCAGUGCCACACAGGGGAGAAGAUGCCCGUAACGGUGCCGCACAGAGGCGGGGCGCUGCUGCUCAACGGCUGGCAGGAGGCGGCCAUGGACCUCUCCAAGGCCGGGGAUCUGGGCAUUGGGGGCGAAGUGGCAGCCACUGUGGGCCACAUGAGCCACCAGGUCCACCCCAGUUCCCACAAACUGCCUGCCAUGGGCGCCAUGCAGAGUGUCAUUCAGAGUGCCAUGCAGGGCUCGGUGGGAAUGGACAUGGCCGGGAUCCUGCAGGCAGGUCUCAUCCACCCCGUCACCGGCCAAAUCGUCAACGGCAACCUGAGGCGCGACGACGCCAUCAUGCGCCGAAGGAGAGGCAGACGGAGAAACGUGGAGGCAGUCGACAUGGGGUUCGUCAAGAGCAGAGGAAUGCACGUGCCGGAACAACAGGUUUGCCAAGUCAGAAGUGCUUUUGAUUUUGUGAACAGCAAAAAGGACAGCUUAAUGAUACUAGUUUUCUGCACCUCCUGGUUUUGAUGAUCAUUACUGUGGACCUGUCCCCCUACCAAGUUCAGGGGGAAGGAAAAUAAAGUUGACUCUUGUGGUUUCGUGCUUGGAGGAGGCAAUUCAUAUGCAUUGGUAUGCAAGGUUGUAGCACUAGCGCUUCAUACUAGAGUUGAGUGGUGAAUCAAGGACAUCUGUUUACAAGUUUUUUCCUCUACAGGGCAGGGUAGAAGUCAUCAGCCAUUCUGCAGUGUCGUCCACCUCCUCCCCACCGGAACGCCCCCCGGGUCCCUCCACCCCCACCCAGCCAGAGGUGGUGGCCAUCGACAGAGAGGCUGCCAACAAGGGCCUGAUGGAAUGGCUGCGGCAGAAUCCCAACUACAACAUGGAAGUGCCCACUUUCGCACCGGUAAGUUGAUCCAUUGUCAACAACAAAAAAAUCUCCAGGAAUCAUAGUUGGAGGAUUCCCUCUCCGUUGGAAGAUUACUGGAAUCAAGAGGGAAUAAGCAGGGGGAGGGAACCGAGAUUUCUGAAAAACGUGUGAACUUGUGAGAAAGUUUCUGUUUAAGAGGGUUCAACUCACCAGUCUCUAGGUUUUAUAGUAAGAUAAUGUAGUUUAGUUUAUUAGGAUCCCCAUUAGCUACAGCACAUGCAGCAGCUACUCUUCCUUGGGUACACACGAAACAUACAAAUACAUGAGAAAGUACAGACCAGUAAUAGACAAGAACAACAUAAUUAAAUUCCAAAUAAAUUGUUUUAAUGUAAUAUCUUAAAUAAGAGUGCAUUCUGAAAAUAUUCAGACCCCUUCCCUUUUUCCACAUUUUGUUACAUUACAGCCUUAUUCUAAAAUUGAUAAAAUUAUAAUUUUUUCCUUAUCAAUCUACACACAAUACCCUAUAAUGACAAAGCGAAAACUGGUUUUUAGAAAUUGUUGCUAAUUCUUUUCAAAUGUUUCAAAAAUAACAAACAGAUACUUUAUUUACAUACGUAUUCACACCCUUUGCUAUGAGACUCGAAAUUAAGCUCAGGUGAAUCCUGUUUCCAUUGAUCAUCCUUGAGAUGUUUCUACAACUUGAUUGGAGUCCACCUGUGGUAGAUUCAAUUGAUUGGACAUAAUUUGGAAAGGCACACACCUGUCUAUAAGGUCCCACAGUUGACAGUGCAUGUCAGAGAAAAAACCAAGCCAUGAGGUCGAAUGAAUUGUCCGUAGAGCUCCGAGACAGGAUUGUUGUCGAGGCACAGAUCUGGGGAAGGGUACCAAAAAAUUUCUGCAGCAUUGAAGGUCUCCAUCAUUCUUAAAUGGAAGAAGUUUUGAACCAUCAAUAUUCUUCCUAGAGCUGGCCGCCCAGCCAAACUGAGCAAACGGGGGAGAAGGGCCUUGGUCAGGGAGGUGACCAAGAACCCGAUGGUCACUCUGACAGAGCUCCAGAGUUCCUCUGUGGAGAUGGGAGAACCUUCCAGAAGGACAACCAUCUCUACAGCACUCCACCAAUCAGGUCUUUAUGGUAGAGUGGCCAGACGGAAGCUACUCCUCAGUAAAAGGCACAUGACAACCCGCUUGGAGUUUGCCAAAAGGCACCUAAAGGACUCUCAGACCAUGACAAACAAAAUGUUCUGGUCUGAAGAAAUCAAGAUUGAACUCUUUGGCCUGAAUGCCAAACGUCACGUCUGGAGGAAACCUGGCACCAUCCCUACAGUGAAGCAUGGUGGUGGCAGCAUCAUGCUGUGGGGAUGAUUUUUCAGCGGCAGGGACUAGGAGUCUAGUCAGGAUCGAGGCAAAGAUGAACGGAGCAAAGUACAGAGAGAUCCAUGAUGAAAUCCUGUUCCAGAGUGCUCAGGACCUCAGACUGGGGCAAAGGUUCACCUUCCAACAGGACAAUGACCCUAAGCACACAGCAAAGACAACGGAGUCUCUGAAUGUCCUUGAGUGGCCCAGCCAGAGCCCGGACUUGAACCCGAUCGAACAUCUCUGGAGAGACCUGAAAAUAGAGGUGCAACGAUGCUCCCCAUCCAACCUGACAGGGUUUGAGAGGAUCUGCAGAGAAAAUGUGAGAAACUCCCCAAAUACAGGUUUUCCAAGAUUAGCUUCAUACCAAAGAAGACUCGAGGCUGUAAUCGCUGCCAAAGGUGAUUCAACAAAGUACUGUGUAAAGGGUCUGAAUACUUAUGUAAAUGUGAUAUUUCAAUUUUUGUAUAUUUAAUAUAUUAGCAAAAAUUUCUAAAAAACUGUUUUUGCUUUGUCAUUAUGGGGUAUUGUGUGUAGAUUGAGAUUUUUUAUUUUUUUAAUCAAUUUUAUAAUGAGGAAUAAGUCAAGGGGUCUGAAUACUUUCCGAAGCCACUGUCAGAUACACACACACAAAAGUAUGUGGACACCUCUUCAAAUUAGUGGAUUCGGCUAUUUCAGCCACACCCGUUGCUGACAGAUGUAUAAAAUCGAGCACACAGCCAUGCAAUCUCCAUACAUAAACAUUGGCAGUAGAAUGGCCUAACUGAAGAGCUCAGUGAAUUUCAACGUGGCACCGUCAUUGGAUGCCACCUUUCCAACAAGUCAGUUCGGCAUAUAUCUGCCCUGCUAGAGCUUCCCCGGUGAACUGUAAGUGCUGUUAUUGUGAAGUGGAAACAUCUAGGAGCAACAACGGCUCAGCCGAAAAGUGGUAGGCCACACAAGCUCACAGAACGGGACCGCCGAUUACUGAAGCGCGAAGUGCGUAAAAAUGGUCUGUCCUCGGUUGCAACACUCACUACCAAGUUCCAAACGGCCUCUGGAAGCAACGUAAGCAUACAAACCUUUUGUCGGGAGCUUCAUGAAAUGGGUUUCCAUGGCCGCACACAAGCCUAAGAUCACCCUGCGCAAUGCCAUGUGUCGGCUGCAGUGGUGUAAAGCUCGCCGCCAUUGGACUCUGGAGCAGUGGAAACUAUUUCUAUGGAAUGAUGAAUCACGCUUCACCAUCUUGCAGUCUGACGGACGAAUCUGGGUUUGGCAGAUGCCAGGAGAACGCUACCUGCCCCAAUGCAUAGUGCCAACUGUAAAGUUUGGAGGAGGAGGAGUAAUGGUCUGGGGCUGUUUUUCAUGGUUCUGGCUAGGACGCUUAGUUCCAGUUAAGGGAACUCUUAACGCUACAGCAUACAAUGACAUUCUAGACGAUUCUGUGCUUUCAACUUUGUGGCAACAGUUUGGGGAAAGGCCCUUUCCUGUUUCAACAUGACAAUGCGAAGUCCAUACAGAAAUGCUUUGUCGAGAUUUGUGUGGAAGAACUUGACUGGUCUGCACAGAGCCCUGACCUCAACCCCAUCGAAUGCCUUUGGGAUUCAUUGGAAUGCCGAAUGCGAGCCAGGCCUAAUCGCCCAACAUCAGUGCCUGACCUCACUAAUGAUCUUGUGGCUGAAUGGAAGCAAGUCCCCGCGGCAAUGUUCCAACAUCUAGUAGAAAGGCUUCCCAGAAGAGUGGAGCGUGUUAUAGCUCAAAUGGGGGACCAACUCCAUAUUAAUGCCCAUGAUUUUGGAAUGAGAUGUUCGACGAGCAGAUGUCUACAUACUUUUGGUAAUGUAGUGUAUAUACACUGAACAAAAAAAAUAUAAACGCAACAUGUAAAGUGUUGGUCCCAUGUUUCAUGAGCUGAAAUAAAAGAUCCCAGAAAUGUUCUGUAUGCACAAAAAAGCGUAUUUCUCUCAAAUUGUGUGCACACAUUUGUUUAUAUCCCUGUUAGUGAGUAUUUCUCCUUUGCCAAGAUAAUCCAUCCACCAGGUGUGGCAUAUCAAGAAGCUGAUUAAACAGCAUGAUAAUUACACAGUUGCACCAUGUGCUGGGAACAAUAAAAGGCCACUUUAAAAUGUGCAGUUUUGUCACACAACACAAUGCCACAGCUAUACUAGGGUUUUCUUUGCUGCACCUGACCAUAUUACCGGACAGUAAUCAAAGAUGGGACAAGACCAAAGCCUGAACAACUAGUACAGCAGAACAUCUUUCUAUAACAACAUAACUCUCCCCAUCUUCACAACAACUUUGUCAAUAUGACUUGAACAUGAUAACUGACCAUCCAGUGUUGCUCCUAGGAGUUCAGCUUCGUUAACUUGUUCAAUGGUCACAAUUUAUACAGAACUCCAGUUGAGGUUUAAGAAUGCUUUGAACCAAAUACAAUGCUUUUGGUUUUGUGUGUUUUAAGACAAAUGUAUUGUUAAUUGCCCAUUUUGACACCGACUGUAACUCCUUGCUAAGAGUCUGUGAGCUCACUGGCUGUAGGUGCUGAUGUGUAGAGUGUGCAAUCAUCAGCAUACAUAGUAGUUUGAGCUUCUUGUAAGACAAGUGGCAUAUCCAGGCAACUGCCCUGAGGUAUACCACACUGUGUACAUAUAUGAUGUUAGAGAAGCUUCCAUUGAAGAAUACUCUUGAUUUUCUAUUGGAUAAGUAACUCUCCAACCACGUGAUAACAGGUGAUGUUGUUGUAGUGUGCUGAUCUUGUCAAAUCUGGGGUUUCAGUCUCCUGGCGCAGCGAUGUUGCACAGCUUUGUGGAGCGGCCCAAACAGCGGAGACAUCGCUGCAAAGACCCCACCAAACUGGACGUCAACUCCCUAACAGGGGAGGAGAGGGUGCCCGUGGUUCACAGGAGCACUGGCCGCAGGGUAACCUUUUUGACACCACCACACACCAACACUGAUGCACAAGCACACUUAACAUCACUGACAUUAACCAGGUUUCCAUCCAACCAUUUUUAUUAGAGUAAAGUACCUGUCGGAUAAAAAAGCGUAUGUUUUAGCGCAAUGUUCCAAAUGCCUGCAUCGCAAGAAUCUAGUUUUAUUUGAAAUGUUUAAUUGUUCUGAUUGUUUGUCUUUUUCAUCUCGUCUCUUUUGCCCCUAAUGUUAGCAGUUGAUGUUAUUCUUCAAUAACACAGACCCCAAAGCAAAUCAGGGGGAGAAAAAUAUAUUUAUUCAAAGAGAACAAAUCAUAGUUGUUAUGCUGGGAAGUAGAUGGUAGAUGUUCAUUCUUCCCUGUUCUCAAUGUUUCUCCACUGAACAAAGAGACAGGAUGUAGUUUAUAGCCUCAAGUCUAGCAUGUGGCUGACCUAUUCAUUGCAAUAAAAUUGGGCUACUGGCCAAACCCCCAAGUAUCCUGUUUCAGGCUCCAUGUAUAGACCAUUUGGACCUAUUAGAACUUGCCACAUGUAGCUAUGAGUCGCUGGUUGGAACCCCUACAAAGAUUCUAAACCUAUGUUGAACUGAAAAACAACGCAGAGGACCACUAGUCCUCUUACAUUUACAUUUUAGUCAUUUAGCAGACGCUCUUAUCCAGAGCGACUUACAGUUAGUGAGUGCAUACUUUUUCUUUUCUUUUUUUUAUACUGGCCCCCCGUGGGAAUCGAACCCACAACCCUGGCGUUGCAAACGCCAUGCUCUACAAACUGAGCUACAUCCCUGCCGGCCAUUCCCUCCCCUACCCUGGACGACGCUGGGCCAAUUGUGCGCCGCCCCAUGGGUCUCCUGGUCAAGGCCGCAGAGCCUGUAUGCCUCUUGACCCCUAGUCCUCUUGACUACUAGUCCUCUUGACCACUAGUCCUCUACGUUGUGUAUAUUUACAGUGGGGGAAAAAAUUAUUUAGUCAGCCACCAAUUGUGCAAGUUCUCCCACUUAAAAAGAUGAGAGAGGCCUGUAAUUUUCAUCAUAGGUACACGUCAACUAUGACAGACAAAUUGAGGAAAAAAAAUCCGGAAAAUCACAUUGUAGGAUUUUUAAUGAAUUUAUUUGCAAAUUAUGGUGGAAAAUAAGUAUUUGGUCACCUACAAACAAGCAAGAUUUUUGGCUCUCACAGACCUGUAACUUCUUCUUUAAGAGGCUCCUCUGUCCUCCACUCGUUACCUGUAUUAAUGGCACCUGUUUGAACUUGUUAUCAGUAUAAAAGACACCUGUCCACAACCUCAAACAGUCACACUCCAAAUUCCACUAUGGCCAAGACCAAAGAGCUGUCAAAGGACACCAGAAACAAAAUUGUAGACCUGCACCAGGCUGGGAAGACUGAAUCUGCAAUAGGUAAGCAGCUUGGUUUGAAGAAAUCAACUGUGGGAGCAAUUAUUAGGAAAUGGAAGACAUACAAGACCACUGAUAAUCUCCCUCGAUCUGGGGCUCCACACAAGAUCUCACCCCGUGGGGUCAAAAUGAUCACAAGAACGGUGAGCAAAAAUCCCAGAACCACACGGGGGGACCUAGUGAAUGACCUGCAGAGAGCUGGGACCAAAGUAACAAAGCCUACCAUCAGUAACACACUACGCCGCCAGGGACUCAAAUCCUGCAGUGCCAGACGUGUCCCCCUGCUUAAGCCAGUACAUGUCCAGGCCCGUCUGAAGUUUGCUAGAGUGCAUUUGGAUGAUCCAGAAGAGGAUUGGGAGAAUGUCAGAUGAAACCAAAAUAGGACUUUUUGGUAAAAACUCAACUCGUCGUGUUUGGAGGACAAAGAAUGCUGAGUUGCAUCCAAAGAACACCAUACCUACUGUGAAGCAUGGGGGUGUAAACAUCAUGCUUUGGGGCUAUUUUUCUGCAAAGGGACCAGGACGACUGAUCCGUGUAAAGGAAAGAAUGAAUGGGGCCAUGUGUAUCGUGAGAUUUUGAGUGAAAACCUCCUUCCAUCAGCAAGGACAUUGAAGAUGAAACGUGGCUAGGUCUUUUAGCAUGACAAUGAUCCCAAACACAAUGCCCGGGCAACGAAGGAGUGGCUUCGUAAGAAGCAUUUCAAGGUCCUGGAGUGGCCUAGCCAGUCUCCAGAUCUCAACCCCAUAGAAAAUCUUUGGAGGGAGUUGAAAGUCCGUGUUGCCCAGCGACAGCCCCAAAACAUCACUGCUCUAGAGGAGAUCUGCAUGGAGGAAUGGGCCAAAAUACCAGCAACAGUGUAUGAAAACCUUGUGAAGACUUACAGAAAACGUUUUACCUGUGUCAUUGCCAACAAAGGGUAUAUAACAAAGUAUUGAGAAACUUUAGUUAUUGACCAAAUACUUAUUUCCACCAUAAUUUGCAAAUAAAUUCAUAAAAAAUCCUACAAUGUGAUUUUCUGGAGGGAAAAAAAUCUCAAUUUGUCUGUCAUAGUUGACGUGUACCUAUGAUGAAAAUUACAGGCCUCUCUCAUCUUUUUAAGUGGGAGAACUUGCACAAUUGGUGGCUGACUAAAUACAUUUUCUCCCCACUGUAUCUUAGUGUAAGAAUAUUCAAACGAUACCCUUUUUAUGUCUCAACUCCCAAAAUUUAGAACAUAGCAGACCCUAAUAAAAUGGGAGUAUCAGUGAACAUGACUGUGGAAUAUUAAUGCUCAGUUUCUGUCGCAAGCAGCAUUGCGGUACCACGCACCGCUAGCAGCAUUUUAGCCACAUAUUGUUAUGCACUAGCUGUCUAGUCUGUGUUUUAUAAAUGUGCAGUGAGCAUAAAAAUACACAUUUAUAUACGAAUUGGCAACUCGUUCUCAUUCUGAGAAAUAAUCAUCUUCUCCAUGUAGGCCACUUGAUUACAACAUCUAAACAAAGUGAACAGGCCAUGUUGUUCAAACAGUUGGAGACAUACAGGAGGGUGUAUUCAUAACAGUUCCACUGUUCUACCUUGUUAACAAGCAAAUAGAUCCAAGUUGGCUUUAAAUAUAAAGAUUAGCUGGCUACUCACUAGCACGUGGGCUUGUGCUUGAGAGAUUGUUUAUGAGACGUGUUAAUUUUCUAUAAUACCUUUUCAUAUAAGGUAUUUUUAUAGACAGACUUGAAAGCCAGAUCAGUGAUUAUUGCAGGAAAGCAGGUUAAUCUCCUAGAGUCGAUGUCCACUCCCCCGCGAAAAUUGAAUUAGCAUAAUAAAAUAAUCCCCAUAUAAAUCUGUCAGUUUAAGCUAGAGAUAUGUUUUUUUUUUGCAUUGGAUGUGUCUCAAUCCACCGCAUCCGCCGAUGUUGCAUUUACGCAUCUGCAGUGAAAGGUGACAGAGCUAGAGCAUCUAUAGAGUCCAAACAGUUUGGGCUACACACUAAUAGCUAAAUGAUCCUUGGUAUGACCUUCUUAAAACAAUACCAUAUAGCUUAUUAAGCUUAUUAAAAUCUAGAUAUACAGUGCAUUCGGAAAGUAUUCAGACCCCUUGACUUUUUCCACAAUUUGUUACGUCUGAAUACUUACGUAAAUAAGGUAUUUCUGUUUUUAAUUUUUAAUACAUUUGAAACAUUUAUAGAAACCUGUUUUCGCUUUGUCAUUAUGGGGUAUUUAUUGUGUGUAGAUUGAGGAUUUUUUUUUAUUUAAUCUAUUUUUGAAUUCAGGCUGCAACUCAACAAAAUGUGGAAAAAGUCAAGGGGUCUGAAUACUUUCUGAAUGCAAUGUAUAUUGUGAAUCGCCCAGCCCUACGACAGGCCUGACAGUAACAGCAAAUUGUGGGUAAACUUUCCUAAAUGUCAUCAAACCAAAAUACGUUCCUCAGGGGUGGAUAAUUUUUUGGUCGGUGAAUUAGAUACAGUGCCUUCAGAAAGUAUUCAUACCCCUUGACUUAUUCCACAUUUUGUUGUGUUGCAGCCUGAAUUCAAAAAAAAAUAUAUUUUUAAUCUAACCAAUCAACACACAGUACCCCAUAAUGACAAAGUGAAAACAUGUUUUUAGACAUUUUUGCAAACUUAUUGAAAGUGAAAUACAGAAAUAUCUCAUUUAAAUAAGUAUUCAUACCCCUGAGUCAAUACUUUGUAGAAUCACGUUUGGCAGCGAUUAAAGCUGUGAGUCUUUCUGGGUAAGUCUCUAUGGGUAAGUCUCUAAGAGCUUUCCACACCUGGAUUGUGCAACAUUUGCCCAUUAUUCUUUCAAAAUUCUUCAAGCUCUGUCAAAUCAAAGCUAGACAACCACUUUCAGGUCUUGCCAUAGAUUUUCAAGUAGACUUAAGUCAAAACUGUAACUCGGCCACUCAGGAACAUUCACUGUCUUCUUGGUAAGCAACUCCAGUGUAGAUUUGGCCUUGUUUUAGGUUAUUGUCCUGCUGAAAGGUGUCUGGUGGAAAGCAGACUGAAUCAGGUUUUCAGCUUGGAUUUUGCCUGUGCUUAGCUCCAUUCCAUUAAUUUUUUUAUCUUGAGAAACUCCCCAGUCCUUAACGAUUACAAGCAUACCCAUAACAUGAUGCAGCCCCCACUAUGCUUGAAAAUAUGGAGAGUGGUACUCCGUAAUGUGUUGUAUUGGAUUUGCCCCAAACAUAACACUUUGUAUUCAGGACAAAAAGUGUAUUGCUUUGACACAUUUUUUGCAGUAUUACUUUAGUGCCUUGUUGCAAACAGGAUGCAUGUUUUGGAAAGAAAAUUCUGUACAGGCUUCCUUCUUUUAACUGUCAUUUAGAUUAGUAUUGUGGAGUAACUACAAUGUUGUUCAUCCAUCCUCAGUUUUCUCCUAUCACAGCCAUGAAGCUCUGUAACUGUUUUAAAGUCACCAUUGGCCUCAUGGUGAAAUCCCUGAGCGGUUUCCUUCCUCUCCGGCAACUGAGUUAGGAAGGACACCUGUAUCUUUGUAGUGACUGGGUGUAUUGAUACACCAUAAGUGUAAUUAAUAACUUCCCCAUGCUCAAAGGCUUUUUAAUGUGCUUUUUAAAUGUUUUACCCUUCUACCAAUAGGUGCCCUUAUUUGCGAGGCAUUGGAAAACCUCCCUGCUCUUUGUGGUUGAAUCGGUUUGAAAUUCAUUGCUCGACUGAGGGACUUUAAGGAUAAUUGAAUGUGUGGGGUACAGAAAUGAGGCUGUCAUUCAAAAAUCAUGUUAAACACAAUUAUUGCACACAGAGUGAGUCCAUGCAACUUAUUACGUGACUUGUUAAGCAAAUGUUUACUCCUGAACUUAUUUAGGCCUGCCAUAACAAAGCGGUUGAAUACUUAUUGACUCAAGACAUUUCAGCUUUUCAUUUUAAAUUAAUUGGCAAAAUGUUCUAAAAACAUAGUUCCACUUUGACAUUAUGGGUAUUGUGUGUAGGAAAGUAUUCAGACCCCUUGACUUUUUCCAUAAAUUGUUACGUUACAGCCUUAUUCUAAAAUGGAUUAAAUAAAUACAAAUCCUCAUCAAUCUACACACAAUGCCCCAUAAUGACAGGUUUUUAGGAAUGUUUGCAAAUGUAUUACAAAUAAAAAACAGAAAUACCUUAUUUACAUAAGUAUUCAGACCCUUUGCUAUGAGACUCGACAUUGAGCUCACGUGCAUCCUGUUUCCAUUGAUCAUCCUUGAGAUGUUUCUACAACUUGAUUGGAGUCCACCUGUGGUAAAUUCAAUUGAUUGGACAUGAUUUUGAAAGGCACACACCUGUCUAUAUAAGGUCCCACAGUUCCAGAGUGCAUGUCAGAGCAAAAACCAAGCCAUGAGGUCGAAGGAAUUGUCCGUAGAGCUCCGAGAGAGGAUUGUGUCGAGGCACAGAUCUGGGGAAGGGUACCAAAACAUUUCUGCAGCAUUGAAGGUCCCCAAGAACACAGUGGCCUCCAUCAUUCUUAAAUGGAACCACCAAGACUCUUCCUAAAGCUGUCCGCCCGGCCAAACUGAGCAAUAGAGGGAGAAGGGCCUUGGUCAGGGAGGUGACCAAGAACCCAAUGGUCACUCUGACAGAGCUCCAGAGUUCCUCUGUGGAGAUGGGAGAACCUUCCAGAAGGACAACCAUCUCUGCAGCACUCCACCAAGCAGGCCUUAAUAGUAGAGUGGCCAGACUGAAGCCACUCCUCAGUAAAAGGCACAUGACAAUGGGAGUUUGCCAAAAGGCACCUAAAGGACUCUCAGGCCAUGAAAAACAAGAUUAUCUGGUCUGAUGAAACCAAGAUUGAACAUACCCACAGCAUGAUGGCAGCAUCAUGCUGUGGGGAUGUUUUUCAGCGGCAGGGACAGGGAGACUAGUCAGGAUCGAGGGAAUGAUUAACGGAGCAAAGAACACAGAGAUCCUUGAUGAAAACCUGCUCCAGAGCACUCAGGACCUCAGACUCGGGCAAAGGUUCACCUUCCAACAGGACAACGACCCUAAGCACAAAGCAAAGACGAUGCAAGAGUGGCUUUGUGACAAGUCUCUGAAUGUCCUUGAGUGGCCCAGCCAGAGCCCGGACUUGAACCCGAUCGAACAUCUCUGGAGAGACCUGAAAAUAGCUGUGUAGCAAUGCUCCCCAUCCAACCUGACAGAGCUUGAGAGGAUCUGCAAAGAAGACUCAAGGCUGUAAUCGCUGCCAAAGGUGCUUCAACAAAGUACUGAGUGAAGGGUCUGAAUACUUAUGUAAAUGUAAUAUUUCAGUUUCUUUCUUUUCAUAUACAUUGGCAAAAUGUUCUAAAAACCUGUUUUUGCAUUGUCAUAAUGGGGUAUUGUGUGUAGAUUGAUGAUGGGGGAAAAAACAAUUUCAUCAAUUUUAGAAUAAGGCUGUAACGUAACAAAAUAUGGAAAAGGUCAAGGGGUCUAAAUACUUUCCGAAUGCAGUGUACAGUUUAUUAGGCUACAGAUGGAAUAGGAAAUUCACAGGGUGGUGAAAGUGCAUGCUGAGCUUGAGGCUAAUUUCCAAAUACAUUUUGAGGGUCUUAAUUUGUAUGCUGGUGACAGUGUUUGGCUGCCAUUUGACAAAUACAAAUGAUCUUGCUUUUAUCCAUAAUCUCAUCACCCUCUGCACUGUGCCCUGUCUGUGAGCUGUUGGCUACACCAGACCAGAGUUGCCACAUUUGUUUAUCGCAAAACCUUUUGUGGCAAAACCAUCGACCGUUAAAAAUGGGAUUGAAACGUAUAACUUGUUUUUUUAUUUGGUAAAUGAAAAGUUAUACAACAAAGUGCUUUUUAUGUGGUUUUUUUAAUCACAAGACAAUUUGAUGGAAACAUUACAAUAUUCACUUGAAAAUCUAGCUACUUAACAGGUGAAUUAAGACACUUCUCCCCACCCAAUUUGUACUACUUCACAUUGAUCAAAUACACUCGUUUGAUAAGACAUAGCUGUCAGGAAUUUGCAUGAAAUGUAAUGUUUAUGACUUGCUUUGACAAGACAACAGCCUGAAUUAUACACAAAUGCAUCAGUUAUAUUUAUGGUAUGUGUGUGUGUACAACUCAUUAAGGGCUGUAUUUUCUUGUGCUGUAGCUUGGGGGUGCUAUGGCUCCAGCAAUCAAGGAGCUCUCCCGAUGGCUGGAUGCGAAUACGGAGUACUGCGUGGCACCCGACUGGGCAGAUGUCGUGAAACACUCUGUGAGUAGCAUGGCAUUUUCACUCUCUCUCAUCCACACAAGUGUCUCGUCAAAUAGUUUCAUUAGAAUGCUUCCAUUUUUAAUUAGACAUUUGAUCAUCUUGAGUAGUGCAGCCAGUUCUCAGAACCUACUGCCUUACAAAGAGUACAGAUGUCCUUCAAAACCCUUCCUGCAUUUUCCUCAAGUUAAUGGCUUGUGUUUCCAGGGCUUUCUUCCCGAGGGUAAGUUCACCCGCAUACUCACCGAGCCUGUGUGCCGCGACCAGGGGCCCCGCCGCCGGGGCCGUCGUCCCCGCAGCGAGAUGCCCAAGCCCCUCCUCUCUGAGUCACCCAUGGGCCCACUCUUCAUGAACGGUAGCCUGAUCGGCAGCAUGGACUUGGUCAGCCUCCAGAACCUCCGCAAUGUCCAGGGCAUCCCGCUCACGGGCCUGAUGGGAUUCCCCCAUGGCUUCGCCGUGUCAGCCGGUGAAGACUCCAAGAACGGCCUGAGCAUGCUUCCCAUGAUGCUCCACGGCAUACACGGCUCCCCCCACAUGUUCAGCGUUCAGGGGCUGAUGGGGCAGCCGCCCACCAGCUCCGCUCCAACCUCCUCCUCUUCCUCCUCAGCGGCUGCCGUUACCACCACCGCGGCCAGUAGCCCCUCCCGAGGCCCCAGCCAGUCGUCAUCGAGCACACAGGCAGAUGGCUCCGGCAUUCAGUCUGGCGGAGAGAGAAAGAGGGAGGACAAGCAGUCGACAGAGGAUAAGCAGCAAGGUGCGAUGGGCAGCCACAGCAUCGCAGCCAUCACCACCACUGCGGCAGCCAGCAGCAGCAGUUGCGUCAGCAGUAGCAGCGGCAGCCACCUGGCCUUCAACCCUUUCCUUGUUCCGGGGAUGUCCCAUGGACUGCUGUACCCUCACAUGUUCCUCCCGCACGGGGGCAUCAUGGCGCUGCCAGGUAUGCCGCCCACAGAGUCCUCCGGCAGCCCUAAGAGGAAGAAGAAAAGAACAAGGGAGGAAGGGGUGAUGGUGGUGGAGGCAGGCAGCCACAGCCACUUACAGACGGACAGUGGGCCUCCGAAAACACCCAGCAAUGGUCAGACUGGGGAGAGCACGGUUGACCAGGCCGGGCAGGAGGCUAGGCAGCAGAUGGAGGACAAG